AUGUCAUCACCAAAAAACUACAAAUUGGAAAUAGUUCCACCAUUACACUUAUCACCUAAAGAAUCGCGAAAUCUUUUGAAGUUUACAGUCAGACAUCAAUCAUCCAAGAGACUAAUUAUUGCCAAAUACUCCUUAUUGAUAUUAGUAGUUAUUUCUUUAGUUACAUAUAUCUCCUACCACAUAGAUAAUAUUAGAAAUGGGGAAUUAGAAUUGUUAAAUUACUUUACAAUCAUUUUACAAAUUGCACUUAUAGGGGCAUUUUACUCGUUACAGCCACCAGAAGAUUCAAUUACAGUUAUGAAAGGAAUUGGGAUCCAGCUCAAUUCAAAGAAAUUAUGGAAAUUUCAAUCCUAUGAUUCAUUUAUUCCAAUAGAAAAUAUGAUUGAUUUAGUUAUACAUGAAGGAUUUCACGAAUACGGUCAAGUAAUCUUUUACUUGUGUGUUUUGACGAAAGCAAAUGGUGAUAAGAAUUCGAUUACUGUGGUAUUUCCUGAAUUUUUACCAAGAAAAGAUAUACUAUUAACUGUAUGGACUUUAAGUAGAGAAUUGUUAUUUGGAAGUACCCAAAGAUACUGGAGAAGAGUUCCAGGACAGGGUCUAAAACAGGUUAUUUAG